UGUAAACCUAUAGUGCCCCACAGGCUUGUGGCACCAUUACCCCCUAAAUAAAGCUAAUGUAGCGGGGAAAGGAACCUACCCCGCCUGGUUAAUCCCCCCGCCUUCUAAUGAAUAUUAAUUGAGUGGUUUUAAAUCAGGGAGCUGGCAGGGAAGAAGCCGCGUUGUGGUGACAGCUUCAGAGGCAGCUGCGAGCGGUUCUGUGUGGGUUCACGAUAUUUUGGUUCAUUCACGGUCGGACAUCAUGUCGAAGCCUCUGUCGGACCAUGAAAAAAGAAAACAGAUUUCGGUAAGGGGUCUCGCCGGUGUGGAGAAUGUGGCGGACCUGAAGAACAACUUCAACCGACACCUGCACUUCACUUUGGUUAAAGACCGCAAUGUGUCAACCAAGCGGGAUUACUACUUCGCCCUGGCAAACACAGUGAGGGAUCACCUGGUGGGCAGGUGGAUCCGAACCCAGCAACACUACUAUGAGAAAGACCCAAAACGUGUGUACUACAUCUCUUUGGAGUUCUACAUGGGACGUACUCUGCAGAACACCAUGGUGAACCUGGGCUUGGAGAACGCCUGUGAUGAGGCUGUGUACCAGCUGGGUCUGGACAUGGAGGAGCUGGAGGACAUUGAGGAAGACGCUGGACUGGGUAAUGGCGGACUGGGCCGUCUGGCAGCCUGCUUCCUGGACUCUAUGGCUACUCUUGGUUUGGCUAGCUAUGGUUAUGGCAUUCGCUAUGAGUUUGGCAUCUUCAACCAAAAAAUGGUUAACGGCUGGCAGAUGGAAGAAGCUGAUGAUUGGCUGCGCUAUGGCAACCCCUGGGAGAAGGCCCGUCCCGAGUACAUGCGCCCUGUGCACUUUUUUGGCAGGACAGAGCACCAUCCAGAUGGAGUGAAGUGGGUGGAUACUCAGGUGGUGUUGGCUCUACCAUAUGAUGUUCCUGUACCUGGCUACCGAAACAACGUGGUAAACACAAUGAGACUGUGGUCAGCCAAGGCUCCAUGCGAGUUCAACCUGAAAGAUUUCAAUGUCGGAGGCUACAUUCAGGCUGUGCUGGAUCGCAACUUGGCAGAGAACAUCUCUCGAGUGCUGUAUCCCAACGACAAUUUUUUUGAGGGGAAGGAGCUGCGUCUGAAGCAGGAGUACUUUGUGGUGGCUGCCACGCUCCAGGACAUCAUCCGCCGCUUCAAGGCUUCCAAGUUUGGGUCCAGGGAGAUCGUACGCACUGACUUCACCGCUCUACCUGAUAAGGUGGCCAUCCAGCUGAACGACACUCAUCCAGCUCUUGCCAUUCCGGAGCUCAUGAGGGUGCUGGUGGAUGACGAGAAGCUGCCAUGGGAUAAGGCCUGGGAUAUCACUGUGAGAACGUGUGCUUACACCAACCACACCGUGCUGCCUGAAGCUCUGGAGCGCUGGCCUAUUGACCUGUUUCAUAAUCUGCUACCACGCCACCUGGAGAUCAUUUAUGAGAUCAACCGCCGCCAUAUGGAGCGUGUUGCUUCUCUGUUCCCUGGUGAUAUGGACCGUCUGUGCCGCAUGUCCUUAAUUGAGGAGGGAGGAAUUAAGAGGGUCAACAUGGCACACAUGUGUAUCGUUGGCGCCCAUGCAGUAAACGGCGUAGCUCAGAUUCACUCAGACAUUCUUAAAGCUACAGUGUUCAAGGACUUCUAUGAGAUGGAUCCACACAAGUUCCAGAACAAAACCAAUGGUAUCACCCCACGCCGCUGGCUUGUUAUGUGCAACCCUGGUCUGGCUGAGGUCAUUGCAGAGAAAAUAGGAGAGGACUUCAUCAAAGACCUGAGUCAGCUGAGAAAGCUGGAAAACUUUGUUAAUGAUGAAGCUUUCAUUCGCGACAUCGCCAAAGUCAAACAGGAAAACAAGCUGAAGUUCGCCACUCACCUGGAGGAGCACUACAAGGUGAAAAUCAAUCCCAAUUCCAUGUUUGACAUCCAGGUCAAACGAAUUCAUGAGUACAAGAGACAGCUGCUCAACUGCCUGCACAUCAUCACUUAUUACAACCGCAUCAAGAAGGAUCCCAAGAAGCAGUGGACUCCCAGAACUAUAAUGAUUGGAGGAAAGGCUGCUCCAGGCUACCACACAGCAAAGAUGAUCAUUCGUCUGAUCACAGCCAUCGGUGAAGUGGUGAACAAAGACCCAGUGGUGGGCGACCGGCUCAAGGUCAUUUUCCUGGAGAAUUACAGAGUCACCUUAGCUGAAAAAGCAAUUCCUGCCGCCGACCUGUCUGAGCAAAUCUCGACAGCUGGAACAGAAGCUUCUGGAACUGGUAACAUGAAGUUCAUGCUGAAUGGUGCGCUGACUAUCGGCACCAUGGAUGGAGCCAAUGUGGAGAUGGCCGAGGAGGCUGGAGAGGAGAACCUGUUCAUCUUUGGCAUGAGAGUGGAGGAUGUAGAGGCCAUGGACAGGAAGGGGUACAAUGCAUCUGAAUACUAUGACCGUAUACCAGAGCUGAAGCAGGCCAUGGACCAGAUCGCAGGAGGAUUCUUCAGCCCCAAGCAGCCUGACCUUUUUAAGGGCAUUGUUAACAUGCUCAUGCACCAUGACAGAUUUAAAGUGUUUGCAGAUUAUGAGGACUACAUCCAGUGUCAAGAAAAAGUAAACUCCCUUUACAAGAAACCUAAGGAAUGGACCAAGAAGGUGAUCUUAAACAUCGCUGGUUCUGGCAAGUUCUCCAGUGAUCGCACUAUUGCGCAGUAUGCUCGUGAGAUUUGGGGUGUAGAGCCCAGUCUGGAGAAGAUCCCAGCCCCUAAUGACCCGUAAUAAACCUCACUUUGACCCUGACCCAACACCAGGAGUUAUGAAGCCCUAGAUUUGGUUUAGGAUGAAUUUGGUGAUGUUUGUCUGUUUAUUAAUGUUGUUUACACUGAUCAGCCAUAACAUUAAAACCACCUCAUUGUUUCUACACUCACUGUCCAUCAGCUCCACUUACCAUAUAGAAGCACUUUGAAAUUCUACAAUUACUGACUGUAGUCCAUCUGGUUUUCUGCAUGCUUUGUUAGCCCCCUUUCACCCUGUUCUUCAGUGGUCAGGACCCCCACAGGACCACCACAGAUCUGGUAUUAUUUAGGUGGUGGAUGAUUUUCAGCACUGCAGUGACAAUGACAUGGUGGUGGUGUGUUACUGUGUGUUGUGCUGGUAUGAGUGGAUUAGACACAGCAGCACUGCUGGAGUUUUUAAAUACCUUGUCCACUCACUGUUUAUUGUCAUAAACCCUCUCCCCUCACAAACAUACACAUGCUUUCUACAAAGGCAUCAACUUGUUACAAAAAGUUUAAGUAUUCAGGCCUUUCAAAUUAGCAGAAAACUCUAUGAUGCAACUUUUUACAAACUGACAAUGAAAGUCUAGUUAUACAUAAUGUAACAGAGAAGAGACGAGAACAGUUUGUGUGGUGGUAGUAUGUCAAAUAUUUUAUAGCUCUCAAAAUGAUUGUAUUCACAAAUUUGAGAUUUGAAAAAGAUAAAUUUGAGAUUUAUUUCAGAAUACUGGGAUUUUAGCUCCAAAUGUGUCUACAGUUUUAACAUUAAAAAUAAUGUAUUUAAUGCUGCACCCAGGUGGCGCAACGGGAUAUUCCCCUAGCACACCAGCACCGAGGUUCUGAACUCCUCUGUUCGAAACUCGGUGUUGCCACCGGUCAGCUGGGCGCCAUCUGGCGGGCAUAAUUGGCAGUGCCUGCAGCAGAUACUAAUUGGCCACCGUAUCUGCAGGGUGGGGACCGGGGUCAUACGCUGUCAUACGCUGUGUAAGGACCCUGAUUGGCGGAAGAGACGCCUGUGCAGAAUGCAGGGGCGAGAAGAGCAGGGCUGUACAGGUGUCGGAGGUGCAGCGACGUGCUCUCUCUGGAUGCAAUCUGGUAUCUUUGAGCAGCGGAAGACAAAAAUUUAGUGCGCUAAAUCGGGAGGAAAAUGGGGAGAAAAUGCAAGAAAAAAAAUAAAUAAUGUAUUUAAUUUAAAAAAAAAUAGCACAUUAUAUAGCCUUAACACUUUUAAUUUAUAUUCUGAAAUUCUGACCUAUUUAUGUACUUAUUCAAUUACAUUUAAAUUCAAAAUACUGACAGUAAGAAUUUUUAUAAUGUUUGAUUUGGGGUUCAAAUUAAAAAAUUUAUAAUAAUAAUAAUAUAAUACAUAAUUAUAACUUAGAUUUACUUGUGUUUUUUGUAAAUUGGUCCUGUUUUUCCUUUUACUUGUUUUAAUUCUCCCCCUGUUCACACUCCUCUUAAUUGUCAAAGUCCUUCCUGGCAAUGUAUUAGCCUCUCUGAACACAUAAACCUCAUUUAAUUAAAUUUCCUGUAUUAAUACA